AUGGCUCAGAAGCUAGCUGGGAAAAUAGCGGUUGUAACAGCCUCGACGGACGGUAUCGGGUACGCCAUUGCAGAGAGGCUUGCUAAAGAUGGAGCCAAAGUGGUCGUGAGCAGCCGGAAGCAGGCUAAUGUGGACGCUGCCGUUAACAAGCUCAAGUCACAAAACCUGGACGUCGUAGGUGUGGUAUGUCAUGUCGGGAAACAGGAAGACAGAGAACGACUUGUGACCACGGCCAUGGACCAGUAUGGCGGUAUAGAUAUAUUUGUGGCAAACGCGGCCGUUAACCCGUACUUUGGUCCUAUACUGAGUAAUAAAAUGCAUGUAUUUUCAUUUUUUCAGAUUUUCGACAUUAACGUGAAAACCACAUUUUUACUCUGUAAAGCUAUUGUCCCUUAUAUGCAGAAGCGUGGAGGAGGGUCUAUAAUACUCGUGUCUUCUACUGGUGCAUAUGAUCCAAGUGCGAUUAUAGGGCCAUACGGAGUCAGCAAAACAGCCCUCCUGGGUUUAAAGAAAGCUUUAGUGCAUCAGCUAUCGCCGAUGAAUAUUCGGGUUAACUGCCUCGCACCUGGACUAAUCAAAACGAGGUUUAGUGAAGCGAUAUGGAAAGAUCCCAAUAACUUGAAGAUUGUUUCACAAGGUAUCAAGCUUGGAAGAAUCGGCGAGCCACAUGAGUGUGCUGGGAUUGUGUCCUUCCUGGCGUCCGAUGAUGCAUCGUACAUAACGGACGAAACUGUCAUGGUAUCCGGCGGGGCAAACAGUCAACUGUAG